AUGAAUGCCUUUUGCCUUUUCCAUCAUGUAAUGAUCUCCAUCAAAAGCAUUGCUUUUUCUGUUGUUAAUAGCAAUAGGAAAACAGUGAUCUCAAAAGCUCAUCUGUGUAAGGAACAGAACGCAUGCAAAGGCAGUAUGGAAAUGCUGGGCAACAAUCUCAACCUUCCAAACCUUUCUAAAGAAGAUGGAUGCCACCACCUUGGAUUCCAAAAAGAGAAAUGUCUGCAGAGUCUUGCUACAGGCCUUUAUUCAUUUCAACCAUUCUUAGAAUAUAUAGAAGAAACUUCUCGUAGUAAUGCAGAAGGCACUACAACUUUAUGGCUAAGAUCUCUGCACCUGGCAAAUACCUUGAAAUCAAUGAUGAAGAAUCCUGAGAAUGUGACCAUGUUGAAUGCAGACACUCAGAAAAACUUGUCUACAAAGCUACGAGAACAGAGAGGCUGGAAUAUAAUAGUUAUCAAGCAUUUCAUACUUCAAGGUUUUACAUCAUUUAUGGAAAAAGCUACAAGGGCUAUUCGCUUUUUAUGAAAGUCCUGUUCUAGUGUCUAA